AAAGUUUUCAUAAUAAAUAUACUAUAUGAAAAUCAACCGCACAAUGUAACAUGCAACAUGCAACCACCAAAAAUAGCAGUUCCCUCUUUUUAGCAUAAAAUUUCCCUUCCUCCCUCCCUCCCCUCUGUCCUCUCAAGAGGAUGCUCCACUUCUCAUAAAAGGAAAUGUGUAAAUUGGUAAGUGUCCAUUUCUUCAAGUAAGUGAAUGAUUCUGGAUUUAAAUCUCCAAUUUUAUUCACAUUCAGUAAGGAAAGUGUGAAAAUUAAUAUAUUGAUCAAAUCAUUUGAAAUGAUAGUAAAUAUUUCGACUGACUAGGUUUGCUGUGGUUACCUGUUAUGUUCUUUGUGAAGGGCUCCUUGUGACGUCUCGAUUUUUAUCGACUGCGUUGUGCAUAAACAUAAAGAGUUGUUAAUAGACAUGAUAUUUAAACGUAGGUGAAAGAGUGUUAAUACGUAUAUAAUAUAGCUGUCAAUCUACGACAUGGUAUUUAGCAUGGAAUAAAUUGUUUUUACGAUAAAUCAAAAUGUGACAUUUAAACAACAUUUAUUUGUCUACUUGCAGUUUAUAUAAAAAGUGCAUAAUUAGUUAUGGGAUGUCUUUUGACUAUCGGUAGGAUAUUUCUUAUCGUUACCAACAUCAUAUUUUUGUUGAUAGGCCUUGUGUUGCUUAUCGUUGGACUUAUUGCAAAGUUCGGUGAAAGUCUGUUCAAGAGUUAUUAUGAAAGCAUUAUAACAAGUUUAGAAGAUUCCCUGUCCAGUGCUGGAUACGGGGAUGUUAAUUUGGACUUCAGCUUAUCGGAACUUGCCGGAAGUCUCCCAAUAGCUUUAAUAAUAAGUGGACUUUUAAUCAUCAUCAUAACAGUUGUUGCAGUUAUUGGAGCUAUCAAGAAAGCGAAAUGUCUUCUGUUGAUCUAUAGUAUUGUGAUGUUUGUCAUUAUUGCUGCACAGGUUCUUACUAUGGGAAUGUUUUAUUGGAAACCUGAAAUGAUAACAACACCUGUCAAAGAUUCGUUAAACUCUACAAUACAGUCAGAUUUUGCUGGGUUAAAUGGAACAAAUGUUGUAUCAAUAGGAUGGAACUUUGUAAACCAAAAGUUUCAAUGUUGUGGGAUAGACAACUAUUAUGACUUCUCAGAAGCGACAAAUUGGGUGAAAAAUUUGACAAGUGGAACACUGGUGACACCACUCAGCUGCUGUAAAACGUUACCUUCUUCUAGUGACCUUUCGUGUGCUCAGAGUCCUCUGUCAACCAGCACCAACAAUUAUAAUACGGGUUGUUUUGAUGAAAUAUGGGAUCUUGCUCUUGGUAACGUCGCCAUUACAGCAUCAAUAAUAUCAGUAUGUUUAGUUAUGCAGAUUAUAUUUUUCCUUGUUGCAUUAUGUAUGUAUUCAGAUAACAGCCAAAACAAAGUCAAACCGAAAGGGUGAUGAUUUGACUCGAACUGACAUAGCAGCACUUGUUUUGCUUAUUAUAAUAUAUUUAUUGUUAAAUUGUAGUCAUAUUGACUGGAGAGAAAGCACAAUACGCGGCGGGCAAGAACUGAAUUUUAUUUGUAAUUGUCAGAAUUGUGUGUGCAAGAUAAAUUCAAGGCGAGGGUGGGACAGCGAGCAUUUGGUUCACUAUAGUCGGAAAAAAAUUUAAUUGUUAAAGCAUAUAAAACGGAAAAAAAACAUUCUCUUCGCUCCAUCGUAAAUCAUGGACCCGCCCCUGAAGUAUGCAACUGAAUAAGAGAAAAAUGACUGAUCAUUUUUACAGUGACUAAAAGAACAUAUCGGAAGUUUUUUUUUUAACUUUUCUGUUAAAGUUAUAAAACAUCUCUAAUAUUAUAUGUCAAAAAUGUUCGUAUUCCAUACAUGUUCGGAAUUUAAAUGUUGUUUCAUCUUCGGAAAUCAUUAUGAGGAAUAAGCAAACUAUCCUGGAUAUAUUUUGGUUUGAAAGAUAGUAUCCCUGUAUUGUAUUCAUUUUUAAAACUGUUUAUGGAACUUUUGAUGUAGACUUCUGCGAUAAAAUACUCGCUUUGACUAAUUGUUUUAGAAUACAAGUGAUUCGUUUAUAGGGAUUCCCUUUUCACACUGAGUAUGGACGUUGUCCACGUUGGAUAUGUGUAUGGUGUUCAUUGCUUAAUCCUACCUUUUCGAUCCUAAUUACAUUCAAUCAAUUGUCGGUAUCGGCAAGUACUGGAAAACAAAGCAUACGUCUCUCAUUUCAAAAAGAGAAAGUAUUUAUUUCAAAAUAUAUAUUCCAUAAGUUUUUUACUAUUGCAACUGUAUAACUUGUGAUACAGUCAAAUUUAAAAAUUUCUUUUCCACAUUAAUAGUUUUCAUUUCAUGACAAGUUUAAAAUACAUUUUAUGAGUUUGCGUGCUCCGUUUUGUCAAAUCAAAUUGCAAAGCCGUUAUUUGUAAUUGCAUGUUUGUAUUUAGUACUCAAACAACUGUAGUGAUGUCUGCUGGCAGACAAGUAUAACAUUGAGUAAACAUUUGUGUUUGUUUGUUACUUUAUAUGAGAAAUAAAAGUUGUUAAUAUUUA